AUGGCUCCCCGAAUAGACUUGAGCUCGCCGCCCCCUGGUAGCAACAACCCAAAUAUUGAUCAUCCCGCCUCCAUUCAUCGGCCCAUGUUUUGUCCUGAAUGGCCAACGACCUCUUCAAGCGGAUACAAGAUAUCAGAGCACAUGGUCAACGAACCAUUCCCGGAACGGAAAUCCUUCAAGAUUAUCAUGCUGGGUGCUGGUGCUGCGGGAAUUGACUUUCUUCACCACGCACGUCUUGCAUUCAAAGAUGACCCGGAUGUUGAAUUCGUCGUCUUUGAAAAGAACCAAGAUGUCGGCGGUACGUGGUUGGAAAAUCGCUAUCCCGGAUGUGCGUGUGAUGUUCCUAGUGCGAGCUACCAGUUUCCAUGGUACCCGAAUCCGGACUGGACAAUGUAUUAUAGCCCAUCUAAAGAGAUUUGGGAGUAUUUCCGGAGGAUUGUUGACAAGGAGGGAUUGAUGAAGUAUAUAAAGCUGCGGACGACGGUUGCCCAUGCUGCAUGGCAGGAAACGAAAUCCAAAUGGGUGUUGCACCUCGUGGAAAGAAACGACAAGGACGAAGUAGUAAAGAAGUGGGACGAAGAAUGCGAUGUAUUCCUGAGUGGUGCAGGUAUUCUAAAUGCCUGGAAAUGGCCAGAUAUCCCGGGCCUCCACAGCUUCAAAGGGCGGAUUUUCCACACCGCACGAUACGAAGAAGGCUUCGAUCUGAAAGGGAAACGCGUUGCCGUAAUAGGUUCCGGAAGUUCAGGUGUUCAAACAGUCGCUGCAAUCUACAACGAUGUUUCAAGACUCUUUACUUGGGUAAGGACGCCGACAUGGAUCACUGCGGGAUUCGGGCAGAACGAAGAGCAAAAGGCCACCUGGAGAGCGCAUCCCGAAAAAUACCGGAAGUAUCGCAAGAUGAUUGAGGACGAACUCAAUGGCCGUUUCCGAUUCGUCUUGAGGAAUAGCAAAGAGUCUGACGAGGCCAAGCUGUUCGCCUUCAACGAAAUGAGAUCCAAACUCGGCGACAACACUCGCCUUAAAUCGAAAAUUAUCCCCCAAACCUUCAACGUUGGAUGUCGCCGGCCUACUCCUGGAAACGGAUAUCUCGAGGCCCUGGUUGGGCCCAAGACAACAUGCUACACUGAAGACAUCGGCGGCAUAACCCCCCACGGAUUCCUUACAGCUGAUGGCACGGAAGUCGAAGUCGACGUGAUAAUCUGCGCGACGGGUUUCGACACCACGUUCCGUCCCCGGUUUCCAAUUAUAGGUCUCGAUGGAAAAAACCUUGCUGAUCGCUGGGCGGACAGGGCAGAGAGUUAUAUCUCGCUUUCGGUCCCGCAAGUGCCGAAUUAUUUCAUGUACAGUGGCCCAUACAGUCCGCUUGCCCAAGGGUCUAUUCUGCCACUUCUCACGUUGUUCUCAAAUCACUUCAUCCAGAUUAUCAAAAAGAUGCGAAAAGAGCAUAUUCGGCGACUUUCGCCUAAAGAGAGUGCAAUGAGGGAUUUUGUCGAACACGCCUCGCUGUACUUGCAACGUACUGCAUGGGCAGAUGAUUGCAGUAGUUGGUUUAAGCAGGGUAAGAAAGACGGAAACCUCAUCAUCUGGCCUGGUAGCCGGUUAGCCUUUUUCGACUUGAUUAAGGAGCCCAAAUAUGAAGACUAUGAGAUCGAGUAUUGGAGCAAGAAUCGCUGGGGAUACCUGGGGAACGGUUUUAGUACGGUGGAAUUCAACGGGUGUGAUAUCAGCCAUUACCUGAACUGUGAAUUGUUUCCGAAGGAACUCUUUUUACAGGAAGCGGAAAGCGACGAUAGUGCUUUGGAAAUCUCGGGUGAUAUUUCAAAGGCGUCUGGGGAAUUGGAAUCCUUGGGACUCCUACCGGAUACUCCUGGAUAUCAGGUGGCAUCUGGCGCCAACUGA